ACCAUCUCGGUCACUCUAGAUCUCGCCACCCCGGUCGUUACUGAGGCACUCUCAAGUCUUUUGCACUCCAUCUUUUGUACUACUAGCUCAACGCUCAAGCUAGAUAACGCGAUCAUGCACUUUUCGACUGUCCUCUACGGGUUUGCCCUCCUGCAGGGCACUAUGGCGUCUCCCAUCAACGAGCCCGUUGCCGAAGUUGAGGCUCGCGACAUCGAGCCCCGAACUCCGCAGCUUGGGGAUAUCCCCUGGCCAAAUAUGCCAGCUCUAAAGAAAAAGGCUCGCAAGGGUGGCAAGGGCGGCAAGGGCGGCAAGGGUGGCAAGGAUGGCGGCGACGAGUGCGCUUCGACCGGCGGGGGGGACUCGAACAGUCAGGGGAACUACUGCUCUAGCGGCACCCAGUAUUGCUGCACCACCGAUGCCAAUGGCGUUCAAACCUGCGACAACUCGGAUGUCUGCAACGCAAAGAUCAUUUGCUGCAACAACAACUCCGGUUUCCAAAUGUGCAUUGGUGAUAUCGACUUCAACAUGCCCGUCACCAUCAACAUCAACAUCUACCACCGCAAGCGAGGCUAUAAGCAGAUCGAAUCGUGA